AUGCUUCUUUAAUUCUAAUGCCUUAGAAAGCAUUUUAUUUUCGAUAAAGUGUACAUCCUUUAAUGUUUUGAAAAAGAGGUUUUCAUAGGAGAAGUAUAUCUAUUUUUUUGAAUAUUAUAAGAACAAAGCAAAACCCAAAUAUUAUUUUGAAGUGUCACUUAAGAGUUAUAUUGUAUUUCAUACUGAAACAGAUUAUUAUGGAUUUUCUAUUCCUUAUAGAGGAAAACUAAAGCUAUUUCAUGCUAAUUCUCAAAAAGUUAGAGAACUUAAAAUGAUUUUAGCUGGAAAGGUUCUUUUUGGAGACUUGAAUUAAUUUUAUUUAUAAAAACAUCAACUUGGACAAGGAGCAUUUUCAAAUGUAAUUAAAAUAAUAAAUUAUAGGUAUUAUUGUUGUAAAAUCUAGAAACAAAAGAAAUGAUGGCAGCUAAGUAUUUAAAUAAACAUUAAAAGAAUAAAAGUAAUACUGAAAGAAUGAAGGUAUUAAUAUAAAUAUAUAAUUUUAAAGGAAAUAAUAACAGAAAAUAAUAUAGUUUAAUCUUUAAAUCAUCCUAAUAUAACCAAAAUAAAAGAAGUGUAUGAUAAAAAUUAGGAAAUAGUUAUUCUAUAUGAAUUAAUUGAUGGUGAUAAUCUUGAAAAAUAUUUACAUGAUCAUAGUGCAUCAGUUAGUCAUUAUGAUGUUUAAUCUAUUAUGCGUGUAGAUCUUUAAAAUAAAUUUACUAGUAAUUGAUACUGACAUUAUUCUACAUUCAUGAGUAAUAGUUUAUUCAUAGAGAUAUUAAACCAUCUAAUAUAAUGAUUCAAUCAAAUCAUAAUAUUAAAUUAAUUGAUUUUGGUUUGGCUGCUAAAAUUGGAACUACUAAUAACGAUAUCUGUGGAACUGUUGGCUAUAUUGCUCCAGAAGUAUUAUGUAUUACUACUUCAUAAUCAGUUUAUUCUUUUAAGUGUGAUAUGUUUGCUGUAGGAGCUAUUUUUUAUAAAUUGUAAAUAUAUUUUGAUAAUUUAGAAUAACUUCACAUAAUUUAUUAAAAAAUUAAGAGGAUUAUUAUAAUUUUUAAUUAAAAUUAGAUCUUUUAAAAAAACUCAAUACUCCUGAUUCAGGAAUUGAUUUAUUACAAAAGCUAUUGGAUUUUAAUUAUAAAACAAGAUUAAGUGCUAAAGAAGCUUUAUCUCACUAAUAUUUUACUGAAUCUUUAAGGGUUUCAGCAAAAAAAUCUUUAUAAUUAUCUUAAAGGAAUAUUAUAUUGGCUAAUACUUCAUAAGUUUCUCAAAUAGGUACAUCUGAAACCUAAAUCCAAAAUGUUAAUAUUUUCAAUCAAAAUCUUAAUAAGCGAUUCAGAUUUUCUAUAUAAUUAAAUAAUUGA